AUGGACAGCGAGAGUGGAAUCCCAAUUUUAGAUUUUCGUAAGAAAAAUGGAAUUACACUAGAAGAAGGAAGUGAAGGAUGGAAAGAAAUGAGUAAGAAAGUGAGAGAAGCAUUUGAGAGUCACGGUGUUUUUCUCUUAAAAUGCGAUGAAAUACCAAAUGAAUUACGUAAAGAAAUGUUUACAGGCAUGAAAUCUCUGUUUGAUCUACCUGAAGAGACAAAGCUGAAGUACACUGGCACAGGGAAUUAUAGAGGCUACAACAAACUUCCUGGCCUUCCUCACAGUCAUAGUUUUAGUAUCGAUGAUGCUUUUAAAUCAGAUACGACUCAAAAAUUCACUAAUCUCAUGUGGCCGGAAGGAAAUCCCACUUUUAGUGAGACACUUCUUUCUUUUUCUUCAAAAGCACGAGAAUUAAACUCGCUUAUUCUUAAAAUGGCCGCGGAGGGUUUCGGCCUUUCUGAAAAGUAUAUUUCAGAAGUUGAAGAGCUGAAUAGCAGUGCUAAUUCACGAAUGACAAAGUAUCAACUUCCGGAAGAAAACAAAGAUUCUGCUAUUACUUGUGUGCCUCACACCGACAAAGGAACCAUAACCCUUUUAUGUGAGGAUGACGUUCCAGGUUUGCAGGUGUUACAAAAAUCAGGCAAUUGGGCUGACGUGAAUUUCCCUCCAAAUAGCUUUAUUGUAAUUGUUGGUGACAUGUUACAGGCAUGGAGCAAUGGAAGAUUUAAAGCACCAAUGCAUAGAGUGGUGUUAAGAGGAAACAAAGAGAGAUUUGUAUUUAUUCUUUUUUCAGUGCCAAAGAAAGAGACUGUUAUUAAGGCACCCUCUGAGUUGAUUGAUGAAGAAGAUCAUCCUCCUGUUUACAAGCCAUUCAUGUUUGAGGAGUUUAUGGAUUUUCUUAAAAUAUAUGGCACUAAAGAGGGAGAACUCGAAGAAUUUGCUGGAUUUUAA